CACACACACAUUUUCUUCCUACUGCUAAUGAAGAUUUGAAUGCUGAAAUGAUGAAAGAUUCCCACCUUUGAUUCGGUGUGAAGGAAAGAUACAUUCUCCACAUUGCAUGAAACUACAGAUUAACCAGAGUGUCAAUCCCAACUUAACCCAAUGGCAGAAGCAGUAGAGGCUUUGAAUCUGGAUCAGUUCGGUUGCUCGAUCUGUCUGGAUCUACUGAGGGAUCCGGUGACUAUUCCUUGUGGACACAGUUAUUGUAUGGACUGUAUCGAAGGCUACUGGGAUCAGGACGACCAGAGAGGCAUCUGCCGCUGUCCCCAGUGCAGAGAAACCUUCAGCCCGAGGCCCCCUUUGAAAAAAAACACGAUAAUCGCUCAGAUGAUGGAGAGGUUAAAAAAGAGCACGCUCAAGGACGCGCCUCCCGCCCAGAGACGUUCCGCAGCCGAUCACGUCGACUGUGACUUUUGCACGAGCGAGAAACAGAAAGCCGUCAAAUCCUGCUUACAGUGUCUGGCCUCGUUCUGCGAAUCCCACAUCCAGCCUCACUAUCAGUCUCCGACCUUCAAGAGACACAAACUGGUCAGUGCCUCCACACAUCUGCAGGAGAACAUCUGCCCCCACCACGGGAAACUUCUAGAAGUUUACUGUCAGGACGACCAGCAGUGUAUCUGUUAUCCAUGCGCGUUGCAUAAACACAAAGCCCAUGACACGAUAUCGGUUGAAUUUAAGUGGAGUGAAAAACAGGAGGAGUUGAAGGAGCAACAAAAGAGACUCCAGUGUGAAAUCAUGGGGAUGGAGGAGAAGCUGCAGGAGCUGAAACAGACUAUGGACACUCUCAAGCGUUCUGCUCAGACAGCAGUGGAGGAGAGCGAGAAGAUCUUCACCGAGCUGAUCUGUCUCAUCGAGAAGAAACGCUCUGAGGUGACGGAGAUGAUCAGGGCUCAAGAGAAAGCGGAGCUGACCCGAGCAGAACGACUCCAGGAGCGACUGGAACAGGAGAUUUCCCAGCUGCACCAGAGAGACGCAGAACUGGGACGACUUUCACAAAUAGAGGAUAAAAUCCAGUUUUUACAGAAUUUCCAGCCUCUGUGUGAUCUUCGUCAAACUGAAGAUCAACCCGACAUCACCGUCAAUCCACAGCUGUCUUUUGGAAACGUGACCAAGACAGUCUUCAAAUUAAAAAAACGAAUAGAAGAGAUUUGCGAGAAGGAAACGGAUGUCAUAUCUCAACAUGUUACAAACAUCAGCAUCAUUCAGCUUCCUCAACCCAAGACCCGGAGGGAGAUUUUAUUGUAUUCCUGUGAACUCACUCUGGAUCCAAACACAGCACACAAACGCGUUCACCUGUCUGAGGAGAAUCAGAGCACAGCAGACAGUGGUCAGGCCCAGCCGUACCCUGACCAUCCAGAGAGAUUUGACAACUAUCACCACGUUCUGUGUGGCCAGGUCUUGUCUGGACGCUGCUACUGGGAGGUGGAAUGCGGAGGAGAUAACUGGUCCGUAGCGGUCGCGUACAAGAGCAUGAAGAGGAAAGGGUCCGGUAAUGAAUGUAGGCUGGGGUACAACGACAAAUCCUGGAGAUUAUCCCGAUAUUCCUUCAGAUAUUAUUUCGCACACAGCGGCAUUGAGACUGAAAUCCCUGUGCCCAGCUCCUGUAGAAUAGGAGUGUAUCUGGAUCAUAGUGAAGGAAUUCUGGACUUCUACAGCGUGUCUGACACAAUGACCCUCCUCCACAGAGUCCAGACCACGUUCAAUGAACCCCUUUAUGCUGCGUUUGGAGUUGCAGAACGAUCAGUGGUGAAGAUUCUUCAUCUUUAAAGAAAGUGGUUAGUUGCACAUGCCAUACAUGUGCUUUCUAGAUUAAUUAAAUAAACUUGGUAAAUUUGACGAUUUUGAUCACAUAAAGACUCGGGUUUUGGAAACAGAAAACACUCAGAAUCAUAGUAGGAUACUUUUCUUUUUAACUAAGGGGAAAAGUGAAACAUGAGUGGCAUAUUUGCUGUUU